AUCAUCGUCUCGCCAAGCCACUUCACCAACCCCCUCUCUCUCUCUCUCUCUCUCUCUCUACGCCGCCGCCGUCGCCAUGGCCGCGCAGACCCUCCUCUUCUCCGCCACCGCCCUCUUCCAGUCCCCUUCCUCUGCUCGCCCUUUCCACCCGCUCCGCCUCGUCGCCGGCCCCGGGGGCGCCGCCGCUGCCAGGGCGCUCGUCGUCGCCGACGCCACCAAGAAGGCCGUCGCCGUGCUCAAGGGCACCUCCCAGGUCGAGGGCGUCGUCACACUCACCCAGGAAGACGAAGGUCCUACAACAGUCAACGUUCGUGUAACAGGACUUACUCCUGGACUUCACGGCUUCCACCUUCACGAGUUUGGCGAUACUACAAAUGGGUGCAUAUCAACAGGACCACAUUUUAACCCAAACAAUUUGACGCACGGUGCACCAGAAGAUGAAGUGCGUCAUGCGGGUGACCUGGGAAACAUUGUUGCCAAUGCUGAAGGGGUAGCUGAGGCAACCAUUGUUGAUAGCCAGAUUCUUCUUACCGGACCAAAUUCUGUUGUUGGGAGAGCAUUCGUUGUUCAUGAGCUUGAAGAUGAUUUGGGGAAGGGGGGGCAUGAGCUUAGCCUCAGUACUGGAAAUGCCGGUGGGCGACUUGCAUGUGGUGUCGUUGGCCUGACCCCGCUGUAGGUCGCUAGCCUGCAGCUGAAAUGUUGGUAUCACAUCCAUGUCAACCUUUUUGUCAUCAUCGAGCCUGAGACAGUGUCGUUCUUGUAUUACAUGGAUUUUGCAACAUGGAUGCUUAAUAGUAUGUGUUGAUCGUUCGUCUCACAGUAAUAAAAUUUAGUUGAGCAAAAUAAGUGUCGUCACAUGCCCUGAUAUCCAGCUUGUCGAACAUACAUUGUGAACAUGAGCUGUUUGUUUUAACCUGCACUUCAUCUUGUUAUACACAAUGCAUAAAGAACCAUGUGUCAUACAUAACUUCUUUGUUGCU